AUAAAUAAAUUAAAACUAUCUUCAGACAUCUCUCACUCUCUCCUCACACACACACUCUCUGGUUCACUUUCUUUCUCUCAUGGCAGCUUCUUUAACACCUUUCUCCAUUUCAGGAGGAUCUCAUACGAAGCGUUACUCAUGUGGAUUUGGACCUAAGGUCACGGUUCAAAGAAAAUCAAACCUUUUGAUCAAGAAGAAUAACCGCUCUUCAUCAAUUUCUGCUGAAUACCGUGAUAAUGGAGGAGGUGGAGGUGGGGAUUUUCUUGCUGGCUUUCUUCUGGGUGGUGCAGUAUUUGGAACUGUAGCUUAUAUCUUUGCUCCCCAGAUUAGAAGAUCUCUGCUGAAUGAAGAUGAGUAUGGGUUUCGCAAGGCAAAAAGACCAAUAUAUUACGAUGAAGGGUUAGAGAGGACCAAGCAGACCUUAAACGAGAAGAUAAGCCAACUAAAUUCUGCCAUUGAUAAUGUAUCUUCCCGUUUGAGAGGUGGCAAUAACGUGCCUGCUUCAAAGAUAGAAAGUGAUCCUGAGGUGGAAGCAACUAUGUGAAACGCAUUCAGUUUGAUAUUGUGGUCGAUGUUGUUUUCACGGAUUGUUGAAUCAAUAUAGUUUUUCCUUAUGCUGAACUAAUAUAGAUAAAGCUGUCAAAUUUUAACUUUUGCCCCCCUUUGGUAAUGGAUCAUUUUUGUUUCAGUUCA